AUGAGGACAGUUGGGGCAGGUUAUCUCGAACAUGCGAAGGAAGCAGCCGCAAAGCUCCAAUCCUAUUGGUAUGACGAUUCAACAGGGUUAUGGGCCCAAAGAUGGUGGGAGUCCGCCAACAUGGCCACCACUCUCGCCAAACUGGGCCUUCUCGGCCAAGACUCCCAUUCCUUCGCCAUUCCCAUCCUCCAAACCACCUUCUCCAAGUCGCCAAACCUCAACGGCGCCCGCGGCUGGAAAAACACCUACUACGAUGAUGAAGGCUGGUGGGCCCUCGCCUGGCUCGCAACCUUUGACCUCACAGGUGAACACCGCUAUCUCGAUGCCGCAAAGGACCUCUUUCUCGAUAUGACAAGCGGAUGGACUACGCCCUGCGGCGGCGGCAUUUGGUGGGACAAAAACCACUUCUCCAUUGCUGCGAUCUCUAACGAACUUUUCCUGUCUGUAGCAGCGCAGCUAGCAAACCGCGUCUCAGACCAAGAGUUGAAGAACUACUUCAUCGGCUGGGCGCAAGUGGAAUUCGCCUGGUUCUCCAACUCCGGGAUCAUCAACGGGGAUAACCUCGUGAAUGACGGGAUUGACCAACACUCCUGCCAGAACGACAGAAAACCAACGUAUACGUACAACCAGGGUGUUAUUCUGGGUGGUCUUGCGGAACUUGCUAAGGCUACGGGGAAUUCUACUUACUUGUCCUUUGCGACGCGGAUUGCGCGUGCAGCUAUCAGUAAAUUGUCUUCGCCGAAUGGAAUUCUGACUGAGCCUGUAGAUGCCAUUGAUGAGCAGGGAGCAAUGUUUAAGGGCGCAUUUGUGAGGGGGUUGGCGGCGUUGCAGAAGGAGGUGCAUGUGAAUGAGUUUAGAGAAUACUUGAUGCGGAAUGCUGACUCGAUGUGGGAGAAGGCGAGAGAUGAUGGGGGACAUAUGGGGUCGGAUUGGGAGGGGAAAAAGCAGGGGUUUAGGGGGGCGACGAGCCAUGCCAGUGGGUUGGAUGUGCUAGUUGCGGCGGCGGAAGUGGUAUAG